UCAUUUCCAAACAGGCACCAGUCAGCAGCAGCAUCGACGACGUCUCGAGGAUCGUCUGCACCAAUUUUCACUCCUGAGUCGAGUCGCUCACCAUCUAUCGUCAGAAGUGACACCUUGUUUCCGGAACCAAUAUUGCCGAGACGAGUGUCUCCAGAUGAGCCUAUUCCAUCAGUUGAGACUGAGGCAUGGACAGAGUCUCCAAUAUCUGGAGCGUCGAUCCCUCGUACACCGACUACUCGCCCAGGGGCUGCUCGAGCAUCAACCUCCCCGCUGACAUCAGCUCCGCACUCUCCACUCUCCUAUAGGGCUGCUGAUAGUCUUCCUGGGGAACGAUAUCCAGCUCGGGACUCCCCAGAAAUUGGAAGCAUCACUGAUCGUCUGGAUCGGCUGAUUAUCGAACGCCUUGAUCGCACACCAGUAGAUAUGGGGUUGUCUGAUAUAAGAGCCGCACUGUCAAAUCUGUUCGACGAUGCUAGGCGACGGACUCCUCAACCAAGCAAUCCUACGCCUGCCUUUAGGCAAAACUCCUUGAGCCCGCGCCCUCCUCGUCGAUCGCGGGGACGUUCUGAAGCAGCCCUGGUGUAUCAUGAUGUCAAGGACGAGGAGCUGCCCGAGAGUCGUUUCUACGACCCAGCUGUCCAAAAUGCCAUCAAGGACGCCAAGGCAUUGAUAACUCAAUUGGCAGGUGUUCUCGAAGACAGCCCUCUUCACAUCAACCCCGAUUCAACAAUCAGACGACUUUAUGGCCAAGCGCUGGAUCUGUCCCAAUUUGAAGGACCUUCGACGCGGACUGUUGGGUUUGUUGGAGAUUCCGGCGUUGGUAAAAGUAGCGUCUUGAACUCCCUUCUGGAUCAAAAGAACCUCGCUAGAACAAGCAAUAGCGGGGCCGCAUGCACCUGCGUUGUUACCGAGUAUCACCAUAAGGACGGGGAUGCUUUCACUAUUGACGUGGAAUUAUUCAGUCAGGAUGAUCUCAUGGAUCAGAUAAAGGAAUUACUUCAAUCGUAUCGAAUGUUUCACCUGAACGCGGGAGAAUUGAGGAGAAAUGAUGAGGCGGCAACAGUUGUCGAUAUUGAAGAGCAAGCAAACGUCGCUCGGGACACUUUCCGGUCCAUGUUCCGCGGUCAGCUGGCGAGCGAAGACUUCCUUAUCAAUGAGGAGGAAGCCACUGUCCUAAGAACCUUUCGUUCCUGGCUGCGGAGAGUGGACCUACCGCUUGAAGGAAGACAUGAGAAGCCUUCGCGGGAUAGUUGCGCUGCUUUCCUGAUGUAUCUGACAUCCGAAUCGGUAGAUACACGAACGCCAGCUGUUUGGCCUUUCGUCCGUAAGAUCAAGGUAUUUUUGCCCUCACAUAUUCUGAGUAAGGGUCUAAUCCUCGUCGACCUUCCUGGACUGCGUGACUCCAACUCGGCACGGAGACUUAUCACCGAAAGAUAUCUGGUCGAAUGUGAUGAGAUUUUUGCCAUAUGCAACAUUGGGCGGGCGACUACAGAUGUCGGUGUGGAAAGUGUCUUUGAACUUGCGCAACAGGCAGGGUUGACCAAAGUUGGGAUCGUCUGCACAAAGUCUGAUGACAUUCGAGUUGAAGAAGCCAUGAAAGAUUGGCGAGGCCGACACGCAGAUCGUAUCCAGCAACUGAGCAAUGCAGUUUCAACCACUCAGGCAGAUAUUGAGAAUAUCAAUCUUAGCCUAGCGGAAAUUGACGAGUUGGAGAUGACGGAACUGACAGACGAGGAACAAAGAGAAUCGAUUCGACUCCACAACAAACAUAGGCGAACUAAUGCAGUCUUGAAGGAGAAUUUAUUCGAACUAAAAGAGUAUCUGAUAAAGACCCGCAACACCAUUAUCACCAGGCAACUUCGAACGGCUUACGAAGACAAGAUUUCAGGCGGAAAUCUGGAGGUGUUUUGCGUUAGCAACAUCCUAUACUGGGAUGAACCUGCAUUGUGGGUUGAGUCUGGUGCAGGAAGCGCCGGUGCUGAACAAAAGCUCCAUAUUCGCGACACGCUGAAUGUGAUCGAGUCUCGGUUGAAGAGGGAGUUGACAAGAAGGAAUUCAGAUAUCAGCCUCGUUGGGACGUCGAUCAAAGAUGAGUUCAGAAUGCAAGUCUAUGACAAUCGACGCAACAAUACUUGGAGGACUGCAGCGGCGAAUGCCGCCUUGGAAUGGGAUCCAUGGGCGCAUGAAAAUGAGCUUGAGCUUUUUCCUGGAGUCACCGAUCUCCUCCAGGAAACUCUGAUAUGCCACAAGAAUAUCAUGGAGUCCCAAGUAGAGGAUCUCACGGAUAAAACCGGCGCUGACUUGAACUCGCUACGUAUAGACGCACUUACCGGCAUUCGAACAUCCAUACUUGGCAAAGCGAUGGAGGCGCCUUAUAGGAGGUGUAACGCGGAAUAUGGAGGAGGGAGCGAUAGGAGACGUAAAAACAUUAUCCGCAGUGCUGUUGGUCGCGUGGAUCUGUUUGAGAACCACAUGACGGAGUUCAAGAGCAGAGUGAGGCUGUUAGCAGAUAAUGUCCAGACCGAGCAACAAGCCAUCGUCCGUACUGGGUUGGCCGCGAUUACAUCGGUUCUUGAUCUGAUCAGGAAUGACAAUGUUGCGACAGAAAGCGAGGAGAACCCCGAGUUGAGACGCCGCCUGGAACAGGAAGUCGUUACGAUCAAGGAACGGAUGAGACGGAUCAUAGAUAUCAUGGAGUGA